AUGUCGGUCAAUUCCCCACCCGUCUACACCAUCGACCUCUCCCUGCCUCCACGCUCACGCUACAAAGCCGUUACAAGAGACUAUGCCCCAAUCCUGCACCAGCUAACCAGCCUCUACACCGAAUUAGUCGCACACCUCAAGUUACCCCCUUUUUUCUUCCAUUUCCUCGGCCGCUUACUGCUCCGCCGACUCGCUAGCAAUGAGCAGACCGAGGAGCUACGCGGAAUUAGCGAAGAAUGCGGCGUACCCAUGUACCUACUGGUGGCCUACAAUGUAUUUCUAGACUUGCUCCUAGGCUACGUCAUUGUGCAAUUCAACUACAUCAAUUCGCUGCAGGGAGAAGUCAUAGCGCGGACAGUAGGCUACGUAGGUUUCGUCGGCGUCCUAACAGGCGUACGCAAAGGCCUCAGCGUUUCGCUCAACUUUCGUCCUUACCACAAUACAUCAGGCCUAUCCCUCGAGAACGCGCGAUACUACGGGAACACACUGCUCGUCCUCCUAGGUCGACGCCCAAGUAUCACAACCGUAAUCCGCGACUUCCUACUCCCCAGACCCAUCGAAACGCCGCGAGUCCGCAGAAAGCUCUCCAAAAAACGAGGCCGAAGCGCACGCAAACAGCAAGACCUCGAAGAAGAAGACGAGAAAGAGAAAUUAGUACCACUACACCUCCCACCCUACACCCCAGAAGCAAUAACCUCCCUCCUCCCCACCCUCCGCACACCAGUCGCCUACCUAAUCUUCUGCACCCCCUCCGAAACCCUCCUCUUAGAAAAAGACUUUCGAACCGCCAACACCCUCCGCUCCCCAACCUUCCUUGCCACCACAAACCACGACAUCGCCCUCGAACCCGCUUCUCCCUCCCAACCCCCCACUACUUCCUCACCCGUCCAACCCCGCAUCCACGCUUUUCUCCAGGCAAGCAUUUUCCUGCAAGCAAGCGUACAGGAUAUCCUGGAUGACAGUAUUUACCGUAAAGAAUGCUUGACGCUGGCGUGGCUGGCGUGGCGGCGGCGGCGACGACGACGACGACAGCAGGAGCGGCAAGAGCAGCGUCAGGAAGAGGACUGUGGGGCGCAGGAGCAGUCGGAAAUAGUAGGAGUUCCGUUAAGUACGCUGGAGAGGUGGGUAGAAAGGUACCCAGUGAGCAAUGCAACUACGCAUUUUGCGUGUAUUAUGGAUCCGGGGGCGGGCGUAUUUCAGUGGAUUAGAAAGUUUGAAGUGGGAGAGAUUGUGGAGCCGGUUGUGAUGGGAGAGGAAGAGUCUCAGUAG